CCCAACAAGAAGUUAAUUUUGAUAGGUAUGUCUAUCAUUGCUUCUGCUCAGAAAAUACAUGAUACUUCAUCACAAACUUCCAUGCAACGAUGCUAUCUAAAGGCGAACUGCUAAGUCUAAAAUUAACCAAAUUAUGGAGAUUUCUUUAAGGAUGUGAAACUGAAAGAUUCCUAAAUGGCUGCAUUCAAAAAGAAAUAGCUUACACAGUCUCAUACAUAUACUGAUGUAGUGAUGUACUAUCAACUUUACUAAAUGAUGCUCACUUUUUGUUUUUUUACAGUUUCUCUGGCUGCCACAAUCAGCUUGCUAACAUGUCUAGUUUGGGGGGUGCACCGACAGAAGCAAAGGAUUUGUCUUCUUAUCCUCCCAAAGCAGACUGGUAAUAAAUCGAGCAUGGAAGAAAUGCUAAGGAGGUAUGGAUCUUUGGCUCCGAAAAGGUACAAGUACUCAGAGCUGAAACAAAUGACUAGCUCUUUCAAGGAUAAACUUGGAGAAGGUGGAUAUGGCACGGUAUUUAGGGGUAGCCUACAGGAUGGCUGUGUGGUUGCUGUGAAGCUCCUAAAAGUUUCCAAAGGCAAUGGAGAGGAGUUCCUAAAUGAGGCAAUUAGCAUUGGUAGGACAUCACAUAUUAACAUUGUCGGUCUGCUCGGUUUUUGCUUAGAAGGAGUCAAGCGAGCCCUUGUUUAUGAGUAUAUGGCUAAUGGUUCACUGGAGAAGUACAUUUACAUAGAGAAUUCAGAUCUAGUUAUUGGAUGGGACAAGUUACAGCAAAUAGCACUUGGCAUCGCACGUGGAUUGGAAUAUUUGCAUCAAGGAUGUAGUACUCGCAUCAUCCAUUUUGACAUCAAGCCUCAGAAUAUACUUCUAGAUCAAGAUUUUUGUCCCAAAAUUGCCGAUUUCGGUUUAGCCAAACUUUGUCACCUCAAGGAUAGCAUCCUCUCUGUCGCCGAAGCAAGAGGUACCAUUGGAUUCAUUGCUCCAGAAGUAUUCUCUAGAGGUUUUGGAGUCGUUUCUACAAAGUCAGAUGUCUAUAGCUAUGGAAUGAUGCUCCUGGAAAUGGUAGGAGGAAGGAUAAAUAAAGAAAAAGGGAAUACAGAGAGCUCAAGUGAUCUGUAUUUUCCAAACUGGAUUUAUGACAAUAUAGCAGAACAGGUACAAAGUUGUGAAGUCAUCUGCGACCUUGAAGAAGCCAUGAGAAAGAUUACCUUAGUGGGCCUAUGGUGCAUACAAACUAACCCUGGAAACCGUCCUACGAUGAGCAAGGUGAUUGAUAUGUUGGAAAAGAGGAUCAACGAAUUGGAGAUGCCACCGAAGCCACGUUACAUCGUGUCUCUGAGAAUGGCCGAGGCAAUGUGA